AUGUCCAACUCCAUCAAGAUAUUUGCGGGCAACUCGCAUAUUGAGUUUGCAAAGCUGGUCGCAAAGCGGCUAGGACUUGAACUGGCAAAGUGCGUCGUUCUUAAGUACUCGAACCAGGAAACGUCAGUGACAAUUGGGGAGUCUGUCAGAGAUGAAGACGUUUUCAUUAUCCAAUCCGGCUGUGGCGAAAUCAACGACCACUUAAUGGAGCUCCUCAUCAUGAUCAACGCCUGCAAAACCGCGUCCGCCCGCCGCAUCACGGCCGUCGUCCCCUGCUUCCCUUACGCCCGCCAGGACAAAAAGGACAAAUCCCGCGCUCCCAUCACUGCAAAGCUCGUUGCAAACAUGCUCACCGUUGCCGGUGCCGACCACGUUAUAACGAUGGACCUGCACGCUUCGCAGAUCCAGGGGUUCUUUAACAUCCCGGUCGACAACCUGUAUGCGGAACCAAGCACGUUGAAGUAUAUUAGGGAUAACAUUGAGGAUUACAAGAAUGUUGUGAUUAUCUCGCCGGAUGCGGGGGGUGCCAAGAGGGCGACUGCCAUAGCCGAUAAGCUGGAUUUAGAAUUUGCGCUCAUCCACAAAGAGCGCAAAAAGGCCAACGAAGUGUCUCGUAUGGUUCUCGUUGGAGACGUCAAGGGCCGGGACUGCAUCCUCGUUGACGACAUGGCAGACACGUGCGGGACAUUAGGACUGGCUGCCAAAGUGCUGAAGGAGAAUGGGGCCAACAAGGUGUAUGCGAUGGUGACACACGCGGUGCUCUCGGGCAAGGCGAUAGAUGUUAUCAACAAGAGUGUGCUGGAGCGGGUUGUGGUGACAAAUACCAUUCCUCACGACGAUAAGAAGUUGUUAUGUCCGAAGCUAGACACGAUCGAUGUGUCGUCGACGUUCGCGGAGGCUGCUCGUAGGACGCACAAUGGGGAGUCCAUCAGUUACCUCUUCAACUAUGUCCCGAGCUAG